GAAGAACUCGUACUCUUCUUUGUUCAUCCGCGAAGGACGGGACUCGAUGUGUGUCAGAUUGAUGCCAUUAUCCUACACAAAUGAAAAGCAGAGGGCGACAUUCGCUCUGCCGUCUGCCACCUAUGACUCCAACCCCUACCAUUGCCAUCGAAGCGGUAACCUCUCCUAAUCCCCCCCCACCCCCUGCCCCACCGAGUCUUGUUGCCGUGGAGACGGCUCAGACGAGCAGGUGAUGCAUUGACAGGGAGCAGAUGGUUCCCCGUGGAGGAGAGGAGCUCUGGAUUUUUUGUCUGAACGCCGACGGAGCAGAAACCAGGAUUUCAAGCAUCCGAGGAGGCUUCUGUCUCUCCCUGCCAGGCGACCUGACUGCUCUGGCUCUGGACGCCGCGGGCCGCACCGGAGACCGAUGUACAUCUCUUUUGUCACUAAGGCCAUUCUGUGGGAUAGAGGCGGCUGCCACCACACUCCGCAGGUCCAUUAUGAGCGGGUUCGUCGUCCCCCAGCUGUGUGUCCUCGGUUUCUGUCCCACAUGAAGGCUCGUCCUGAGGACUUCCACCCUCCUUGUUACCUCAACAACAACAACCAGCAGCAGCAGCUUCCGCCUGAGGGGAAGAUGCAGAGUUUUAACCUUCCUCCUGCCUCACACACUGACUUUCUUCAGGGUAAUUCCAACUCUGGUGGAGGACAGAGCGGCGAUCAAAGUGUUGAUUUGAUCAAGAGAAGACAAUACGUUGCUGUUCUUCCUCGUCUCCAAAUCCCUCCAACUCCAGCUGUAUCUCCAUCUAGCUUUGGUCCCACUCCUCUCCAACCCGACUCGCCGCACCUCGACCCCAAAACACCAGAAAGCAACUCCAGCAUUAUUCCAAAUCCUGAAAUACAUCCAUCUCCUGCUCCUCCUCGUGUUCCCCCUCAGCUUGAAGAAAACGUUGUUCCUGAAAGGGAAACUGUGUUUGAGUCAGAUCCACAGGAGCCGGACUGCGAUCUUAGCCCGAAGCCUUCUGGAUCGUCAUGGUUACCAUCGCCUACAUCACUCUCGUUAGACUCUCUUUCGCAUUUAAGUCGUCCAUCUUCCAGUUUGUUCAGUCGGAGCACCGACCUCUUCAGUGGCAGGAGCAGCAUCCUGAGCGAUCGCACUGCUGCAGAUUUUCUGGACUCCCGUCCUGAGACGAGCGUCGGUUCCUCCACAUCGGAUCUUCCUCCAGUGGUCCAGUCACCACUGGCCUCUUCCUCUCCAACAGAACCAACCUUGAAACAACCAUCGAAGAAAAGCACUUAUAGAUCUACAUCUUCGCUCCCUGAGAAAACGUCUGAAUUUCACCAACCGCGCUCACCUAAUCCUGCACCAGUAGCUAAAUCUACAUCGGAUAAACCUCAAAGCAUCAAACAGACGACAGAAGUUACAGAAAACAUCGACCAGGAGACAUCGAAGGAGGAUGUCACCAGUUUAUCUCCUGAUAAAGAGCUGAAUGAGCUCAGGUUGGCUCCACGUUCUGGAUCAGGACCAAAGCUGAGCCUGUCUCCUCCUCCAUCCCGGCUGGAUUCACAGCGCUGGCCUGUGCUGCCUCCCAUCUCCCCAAAGAGAGGUUCCUCUGCAGCGUCAGGCUGUUCUGAGAUCAGCUGCAGUCAGUCUCAGAUGUUUGAUGAACUGGAAGUCAUCGCUCCUCUUUCAGCUUCCUCUUUGUCUCUGGAUCGACCAUCCGACUCUUCGGACUCGCCUCGCUCACCUGGCUCACCUCUCACAGAUUUGUCUCCGGGCCUGGCGGCGCUCACUGUGGGCUGCGACUCCGGGAAUCUGGGCUCCUUAUCCCGGGUCCAGCUGCUGCUGCUGGACCGGCCGGCACCACACACCGACCUGGACGAGGGAUUCUCCCCGGUCCAGGAAUGGUCUGACCUGAUGUCGCCUUACGAACUCCCAGAAUGCAUCUCACCAGGUCAUUCAAGGCCUCUCACAGCUGGCAGCGACUCUGAAAGGUGCGACUCUGCAGGGAAACUCCAGGAGAAUAAAUCGAACUGGUCUGAAGGAGGUUCUGCGUCUCCGUCUUCCUGGAUCGUCGACCCGAGUCCAUCGCUGGAAAUGCUCCGGUCCUCUGGUUCCUCCCUCCUCUCCAACGAGGAGAACUCGGCCGAGGACGGAUCAUGCCAUCCAGAAAGGAGCAGCCAUGUUCUGAUGGACGGAGACCGAGUUGAGGAGCGGGACGAGGCGAUGGAGGAGAGGAAAACCAAGGCGCUCAGCUUGCUCUCCAAACUGCAGGACAACGCCCCACGGCGGAGCAAAACCAGCAGGAGCCGCUCCAACUUUGAGGACUUCGACUUUCUGGCAAAGUAUUGCAUUUUCAGUCAGGAGAAGCUGGUGGAGUACAAAAGGGCUUUUGAAGCAGAGGACAGCGACUCUGACGGCUACAUCUCCUGCCUGCAGGUUCUGCUCGCUCUCAAAACCAUCAUCCCUCCUGAGCUGCUGUCUGAAAAAGAAGAGAUCUACGUCUACAGGAUCCUGGAGAUGGUGGACUUCAGGGUGACAGAUGGACUGGUGGACCUGAGGCUGUUUGCCGUGAUUGCGAGCCUGGCGCAGAAAAUAGCCUCUAUGGAUGAGUUCAUGCGAUCCCUCAUCGACAGCAUGGACCUGCGCUCCCUUGAAGUGCGUCUCUUUAAAGCGAAGCAGCUCUUCCUGUUCCUCCUGGAGGAUCAGCGCGAUGCCUCCGGAGCUCAGCGGGGCUUCAUCAGCGGCGAGCAGCUGCUUCUGGAGCUGAAGGCCGGCGGCAUCCACCUGGAGCAGGAGGCGGCCGUCAGGCUGGAGCUGGAGCGCGUUCCCCCGCUGGACCUGCUGGACUUCCUGGCCUACCUGCCCCUCUUCAUGCUCAUCCACCAAUCAGUGAUCACCAACCCGCUCGACGACUCCGGCCGCUGCUGAGCUCUGCAGCGGCAUGUCGGGCCUCAGGGCUCAGAAGAUCGGCAGAAUAACAUAUUAAAGGGAAUAAAUGACCAUACUGUUAAUAUUA